AUGAAACAGCCUGCAUCACAUUCACCAAAUCAGGAGCAUAUUAAUGGUUUAAAGUGUUAUCUCUUUAGCUCCUCAGGUCUGAAUACAAGCAGCCAUAGAUUCUGUAAAUCCUAUUCCUCUCACUAUUCUGCUCUAAGUGAUACAGAUACUACUUUGCCAGUUUUAUCAGGACACAGAGGAAUACUCCAGCAGAGCGCUGAAUCAGGGAUAUCUUCACCACUGCCCUCAGACUCCUUCAAGUAUCUCACUUGGCAUGAGUUAAAAGAACAUGAUGUUCGCGGAAAUGAGAUUCGUUGCCCCCGGGUGAGAGAAGGGCCUUCAGCAGAAGAGCUGUUUUUCAGAGGAGAAGAAGAUGCCUUGCAAGCAAGAAAACAAGUAACAGAAAAAGAGGAAUGGCAACAGAGGCUGCAAGAAAACUGGGAAAACUGUGCAAAUUUGAACCUUUCAUUUCAGGACUUGGGAGACCUUUACCAGCUAGAAAACUUUAACAGGAUUCUCCGGAGAUUAAUUCGAGUGGAAAGGCUUUGGCUGGUGGACAAUUCUUUGACGGACCUAAGUGCCAUAAGGUUGCCAAGAUGCAAAGAAUUAAAUGUCAGUAAAAAUCAUUUUACAUCCUUCAAACAGCUGCCAAAGAUACCUCAGAUUCGUCACUUGUCACUGGCUGAUAACAACGUUGAGACACUACGUGGGAUAUCAGACUUGAGAUCUACUCCACUAGAAUCCCUUAUACUCAAGAGGAACCCCUGUGAGUUUAAAGAAAACUACAGGCAACUAGUGUUCUCCAAUUUGCCAAACUUGAGAACGCUGGAUGGAGUCCCAAAGCUGCCAGAGGAUUGUCCACCUCCAGAAAACAGUUUUCUUUCAAAAAUGUGCGCCAUACUGUAGCGCUGUAUUUUGUAUCAUAAUGGAGCUAAUGGAAUUGCCAUACUUAACAGAACUAAUAAAUCCAGUACAUACACUUUUUUUUCUGAUCAAACAGCUGUAGAGUCCUUCUUGAAAAUGUGAUCCAGUUGAAUGUGCAAGAGAGAUAAAACUGA